AAGUCCCAUCUUUGGAGGAGACAGUCCAGCACGGCAAAAGGCGCAGUACGUCGUCAUACCAAACGCCACUGACUUCUUUCGUGGAUCACUUUUCGUCCGACUCGGAUAUAGGUGGUACGUUGUGUGUUGUUUGCGCUUCGAGAAAGGUCCGGUCGUCGUGGAGAAAUCGCCUUUUAGUACCUCCGCAAAACAACAGGAAACCCCGACAGAGGAGAACCUGAGAACAUAAGACUUGCAACAUUUUUAUUUUGCUAAAACCAACAACGGACUCUCCUGGCAGAGUGGUACAAUCUGCGCGGAACAUCGCCGACCACACACCCCGGAACCAACCAGCGCUCUUCUUUAGAAGGGAAGAUUUGCACAUAGCUUGCUAAAACCUCACCCGCAAAAAAACACAACAUAACAAUGGCUCCCCAGCAGAGAAUCCGCAUGGCCAACGAGAAGGCCAGCCGUAACAUCACCCAGCGCGGCAACGUGCCCAAGUCGACCAAGGCCGCCGAGGAGAAGUACCCCGUGGGACCGUGGCUGCUGGCAUUGUUUAUCUUCGUCGUGUGCGGUUCGGCCAUCUUCCAGAUCAUCCAGUCGAUCCGUAUCGCGUAAUGAAGCGGCAGACGGACGACCGGAAGGCGACAGGCUGUAACGCAUCUCACAAACACAGCGUGUGUUUUCUAUACUAUUUUUUUUUUUGUAAAACACCACUAUUAAGUACUACUAUUAUCGCAUAACAGUCGUAGAAGGAGAGAGGAGGAAUAGAUUUUGCCAACGUCCGAGAAAAAGUCUUUUCUCCACUGUUACUUUAGGUUUGAUUUGUUUUUUUUUGUCAGUGUUCAACCAUAACCUCACCAUCCAAUGCAAUUCCUUUUGAUUGGCAGGGAUGGUCGAGGGGAGGGGCCAUUGACCACAUUUUCCUACUAUAACCGUACAAUGAGUUGACACAAGAGAAGAACACACUACAUUCAAGCAAACAAUGGGAAUCAAAGAGCACACAGACACGCAAAUAUUCCGUUUUUUGGGGUUGGCAGCAUUUACCAUUGAUAAGGUUGGUAGGAUUGAUUGACAAGAGAUGCAACGCAGUCGAAUUGUGUAAUUGUCUUGUAGAAAAUUUGAUUAGAUUUUUUGUUCUAGUGUAGUGAAAGUUGGACAUUUUGAACGAAAUUAUACAUGCAUGGAAGAUAAAGAAAAUAAAUGUGUCCCUUUUCUUGCAAUAUAAAGAUCCCAAAAGGGGAUUAGAAUUGGUUAUCGUGUAAUACAAAAUGUGUAAAUUUGACAAAAACAA